UCUAAUUUCCUAUCUCGACUCUACUUAAAUGCAUCCUAAACGAUAAAGUGGUCGUACCACUAAAAUGAGUUCAGAACUGAAUGGGCCAAAUGGGCCACCUGGUAGUAUCUUCAGUUCCCUGUUAGAUUAAUCAAGCUGGCCUACGGCCCACCCACUCCAAUGCUGGUUGUUCGUGUUCCGGGAUUGAUGGGUCAACUCAGCGCAAGAAUGAGGUUGUUCUUCUUGUUCGGUUCGUCACUCCUGUCCAGAAACUUGCCUGCAUCAAUCUGCACGCGUGCCUGGCAGCCUUGGUCCCCGACUCCCUGUCGGUCUGUCUCCGCGUGACGCAUGCCUGCGCAGCAGCCUCCUCUGCUCUCCUAGAAUACUGUUACCGCGUCCGUGGUUUCAAAGUUUGAACAGAAUCCGCCGCCCGCUCCCUCUCCUCUCACACAGUAACUGCAGAGAGACUGUGUCCCCGACAGGUGGGCUUGGCGGGCAACAGGCUCACCUGUCAGCCACCGGACUCCCUCUGCUGUUACUGCGGAGGAGUCUCGUCCCUCACACACACUCACACCUGCCCGGCGCCCUCACCUGCCAGUCUCGUUCACACUCAGUCAGCAGUCAGCACCCCACCUGCCCGGCGCCCUCACCUCUCUAUUCUUUCACUUGCCAGUUGCCACCUUGAUCCACACACACUCAGAACGCUCGCUCCCUCCACCGCAUUCCUCUCCAAUCCCUAUAUAUUCAGACAUUCUCCUCCGGCCGCCGUCCACCGUCACUACCGAGCUAGUAGCCAGACAGCAAUGGCAGCCUCCUCUUCCUCCUUCCAAAGAGGCGGCGGCGAGCUACGAGGAAGGUGGGGGAGUCCCGAGCGCACGGUGGUGUGGACCGAGCCCAAGCAUCACACGCCCAAGCCAACGACCAGGAAGGUGGCCGUGGUGUACUACCUCUGCCACCUCGACGGCCACCUCGACCACCCACACUUCCUGGAGAUAGAGCUCCCGCUCUCCUCCUCCCACCGCGCCGCCGCCGCCGGCGGCCUCUACCUCCGGGACUUCACGGCCCGCCUCGACGCGCUCCGCGGCAGCGGCAUGCCCGCCAUGUACGCCUGGUCCGCCAAGCGGAGCUACAGGAACGGGUACGUGUGGCAGGACCUCGCCGAGGACGACCUCGUCCACCCCGCCCACGGCGCCGACGAGUACGUCCUCAAGGGCUCCCCGCUCCUCCUCUUCCCCCAGCCGCCGCCCGCGCUCCGCGACGCCUCCUCCUCCUCCUCCAGCCGCCGCCGCAAGAACUGGAGCUCCUUCGACCUCGGCGAGUACAGUAACAACAAGCUGGCGGCCCUGAGCACCGGCGCCGCCCAGCAACAAUCCGCGGCCACGCAAACCGACCACCGCCAUGGGCCGGACCUGCAGGAGUCCACCGAGCUGGCCAUCGACGAGGUCUCGCCGCCGCCGUCCUCCGGCAGCCCGGACGACAGCUGCGGCAGGGAGGUCGGCGUGAUCGCCGGCGGGCGGAUGCGCGCGUCGGCGGUGCUGAUGCAGCUCUUCUCCUGCGGGUCCGUGGGCGCCGCGAAGCGGGGCCACGCGCGUGGGCGCUCCGACCUGCCGACGACAAGCGCCGGCGGCAGUAGCAGGCAGGCGGCGGAGAAGGAGGCGGACGCAUGCACGACGCCGGCGAGAGCGGAAUGCUCUUCGGGCGGCGUCGGAACUGGCGCCGGCUUGGGUGAUAUUAUGGAGCGGGACUACUUCAGCGGCAGCCUCGUCGAGAGCAGCAGCAGCAAGACCCGCAGCGGCGGCGAUGCCGCUCUUCUCCUCAAGAGGUCAUCCUCCUGCAACGCUGACAGGGGCGCCGCGAAGCUGAAGCUGCCAGUGGCGGCGAGGGAGCAGGUGGUCCGCGCCGGGUGCCUCGCCUCCCGAGGAAGAGGAAGCCGCGUGCCCACCAAGAAAAAUCAAACUAAAUCCACGGCGGCCGAGAGCAGGGACGACGGAGGCGAAUGCACCAAGGGCGCGACGACGGACCCGCCGCCGGCGGCGGCGGACGGGGCGGGGAGCAGCUAGCUGGCGAGCUCUAGUGCCCAUGAAGCCAAGUUGAUUUGCGGGCGUCGGUACGGGCACGGCACGGCGUCGCGCGCUCCGAUCGAGACGUGGAUGGACCUCGUGGACGACGAGUCAACUCGUCGGAGUCAGCUGAGAUCUGCCACUACUAUUUGGCAUUUGCAUUGGCGAUGCUUGCAACGGCACGCACUUGUACUAAUAUACUGUAAACAAGUCUUAGCGUGCCUGAUUCCCUUGCUUAUUUCUAGUUAAUUAAUUAUUAGUUCGUCUUUUGCAG